AUGAAAUAAUAGCCAGAACCAGAGAUUCCUACUCUAUAAUAAUAGGAUAAAUAUUUAGAGAGGAAGCGUUAAGGACAGGGGUUGGAUGUAAAUUUCAAAUUGUUUAACGACUUUCUAAAAUUAAGAGCUGCUAGCUUCUCAAAAGUUACUAUCAUGUUGCUCGUUUCGUUUUUUCAUUAAGCCUUGAGUUACAUUUCUUAGUAAGGCUAAUUUUUAUAUUCUGAUAUAAGCACCUUGCAGAUUUACACUAUUCAACUGAGAGCACUUUAUUGA